CGGCUAUGUGGUUCCUACGAGAACAAGGCGUCUCAACCGAAGCUCUAGCGAUGCAGCUGCUUCGCGCAGUCUCAGUAAUGACGUGGCUCUUUGCUGAGGAGACGGCGUCUCCACUGCCAAGAUUAACCCCCAUAGCUGCAUCUCCUCCAGCAGCAAAUCCUACUGGAGCAAAGGUCCUAUCAACGGAGACCCCGACAGCAGCGUCAGGAACCACGGGAAAAGAGGCUGUUGCAACUACUGCAGAAGACAAGAAUGGCUACGAUCUCGAUGCUUUGCUAGACGAAGGCCCGCCGUCGAAGGUCCGAAAACUUGAAAAAUCGAAAUGGGAGAGAGGGGAGGUGGAAGGGCGAAAAGCAAAAAGCCCUGCUGAAGAUGACUUAAGAAGCGUCGUCCGUGACUUCCUUCGGCAUACCAAUCUCGAGACGGUGUUUCCGUUGGAAAUUUUCGACGAUUUACUUCCCCUGUCCACGACGGCAACGUCCAGCACGGGAGCAGAUGGAUCUCAACCUCCAAGAUCUGUGGGCGCCAAAAAGGUACAGCAUCAUGGGAAGUUCUCCAGACCUGUUCGUGAAGGCCUUCUAGUGAUCCUUACUGUCCACGGACUUAGAUGGCAGCAAUUUCAGCGGGACGAAGCGCUCAGAAACGAUCCCAACGGAACGGGCAGAGACGCUGCUUCUGGGAGCGGGGAAACCGGUAAGAAUAUGGGAAAUGCUAGCGCGACUAACUCCGGUCAUAUGCCUCAUAGUGGAGGACGCAUGACUACGAGCGAUACGGCUUUACAAACUGGUGGGCUCGGUGCCGUAGGCAACCAUACGACUGGUGUAGCGUCUUCAUCGAAUCCGUAUCCGCAUUCAGCAAGAACGUCAUUGCAUGUUACACAAGCUCUGUGCAGCUUGAUUCCGCGGUUGCGUUCGAUCACUGCUCGUCGUAUAUGCCUGAGCUUUCUGGAUACUUGCGCUACAGCUGAUUUUCGGACCGUCUGGCUGCGGGAUUUUGAAGUUUUGUUCCAGUGUCUGGCAACUUUUUUCAACACCAGCGACAUCAACCUUGCCUCCAUAUCAACAAACGACGCGAUGUCGUCCAGUCUCCUUGACACCGUUGCCGGCCUCGUCGAAGCACUCAAAGUGGACCACGGAAUCACCUAUGGACGGGAGAUGGUGCGAAAUUUUGGCAAGGAAAGUGACCGGCAGCAUGUAGCAGGAGGUGGAACAAUGCGAUCCAAAUUCGGUGGAUCCGUAUUUCCUGGUCGGCCGUCCCCUUUUUCCAGUCCAAAGCAAGGCCCACAGCUUCCACUGGAACUGGGUGGAAACCAACACAACGUAGUAACGACAGCCACUGGAGGUAGCUCUGGUGCAAAAGCAAGGCUAGGCGGUGCAGGUGGUGAGCACGCAAUUGAGCCAUCAAGGCGUGGCCCCAACGCGAGCUCUGACGAGGAUGAGGACGAUUACACAUCCACGUCGUCGUCAUCAUCGAGUACAGGUGGUGGCCACAAUGUCCGACGCAAGCGGCACACUUCUUCGUCGUCUCCCUCAGAAAGCGACGAGCUUAGCAGCCUCAGCUCCGACUCGGACAGCCAGGGUGCGCGUAAGAAGGACUGGCUGCGGCGAAAACAGGGCGCGUUAUUCUUGGAGUCAAACGAAAAUGAAACAAGCUGUAACCUCGUUCCGAAGCAGCCGUCAGCAACACAGCCGGCAGCUUCGCGUGGCACUUCCGCAGACGCACAGCCGCUAGGCGCACUGCCCCCCGGUGGAAUCACUUCUAAGAACACCAAGCAUCCACUGCAACCAUUGCAGACGUCCCCGGAACUCAUGGCGCAAGUAUCGAACGCUUCACCCGUAAAUCUCUCCGCAAGAUCCCUGGGAUCUGCUGGAUCGAAUGAUGGAGGCAUUAUUAAACACGGAUUUUUGCACUCGGGCAAUGCUAUGGGAGGUACUGGUCCAUCUUCUACAUCAAGCGGAGCUGCAGUGGCUUUUCCGGUGAUGCUUGACGGCGCCAAGAACGUCCCACUCAACAAAUCAAACGUCGACUUCGCAGCGUUCGCAUCACACCACCAGAGGGGGAAGAUGUCAGCGUCGAGCGCAGAUUCUUCCGCGGCUAGUGCAUCCUCCGGAGACGAAUACGGCUUAGCAGAGGAGCACAUGUCCCAACUAGCCACGAAUCGGCGCGUUCUCACUGACUGGUUUGACGACCCGAAUUUUGACGAGCCUCCUAUGAUAAGUGUGCCACCUCCACGACAUCAAGCGAGUAGCAGUACUAGUAGCACAAGUAUUAUUGCUAGAGGUGGUGGUGGUGGAGCUGGCGCCGCUGCAGGUGCGGCUGUCGUGUCGUGGACUUCGGGUGGUACUAGAGGCGCUGCAGCGUCUUGUUCUUCUUUCGGGUCAGGGUCAAAUCCUGGCGGGAAGAGCAGCUCCGUUUCAUCAAGUAAUGCUCAACCGCUAUUGCAUGUGGCGGAAGGAUCGUCGAAGCAGCUCUUGUUUCUCCGUUUUCUUCAUGAAGAUUGCCUGCGAACAGCGGGCGGCACAAAGCCACAAACGCGAUUGGCACGGCGACUAGUAGUAGUCGCGCAACGAAGAUUUCACGCCGCUCGGGCGGAUCAGCGUGCGGCAUUUCGUGCCCAGUUUCAGGACCUCUUCGCCCAGUUUCGAUUACCGUUUUGGCGUGCCUUGGGACGGUUUCUGCUGUACCUCGUUCUCAAAGGACACUCGUCGUCUAAGGAACUGACUCCAGAUCAAGAACCAGGAGGAGAGGCAAAGACAGAGUCAAAAGUCGAUGCAGAUCAGCAAGUACAAAACUUCUUCGAUACCACUGUCAUUACACCGCGACCUGGAAGACCGCACUCGCACCAGCAUUUCCCAGCCCACGGUGGUAAUUAUCAAGGCCAAAGAAGAUGUUUGCGCGCCACCGACUUCAACCUACCAGUGUUUCAUUACCUGUGCAAUCUUCAGGGCGUGCCGCCAGAGGCCCAGCUGGCUUCCGACUUUAGAGCUGGCUUUGAGCGCUUUGUCGACGUCGGAAAUACAAGUGCUUACUUUCGCGAGCACGUUUGGCGGCGUUUCAUCGACUCGAAACUGCUUGCGGAAGAAAAAAGCUACCGAGACGCGCUAGCUGUAGAUCAUCGUCGUGUGCGUAGUAGUGCGAUGGGUGGUGGUGAGAAGAUGGCUCACCACGUCGCGGGACAAGCAGGAUCUCUGGGCGCUCUCGGGACCGAGGGGGUCAUGCCUCAGAGUGCGUCAACGUCGGCGAUGCCGAUCAUUGAAGAUGGCGCUUCUGCUGAGGGCGUGGUGACAGACGACAGUGCAAUUGCUUCUGGUGUUGCAGUUAACAAAACAUUGGGAGUAGUCGAAGGGCAAGUUGUACUGAAGACCGGCGCUCCAUUCAGUGAUCAAGCAGCAGAUCCGCUUUCGCAUAUGAACGUCAAGGGGGGCAAGAAAAUCAACAAGGUCACUCAGAGCAGGCAUUUUGGGGAUGCCUCAAGUUCAGAUAUGACCGCUAGCGUCGAGCGGGUCCUCCAGGACGCUUUCGGUGGCGCAUUCGGUUCCAGCACAACAAGUCACCAACAGUUAUCAUCUAGAACGACCCUGCUUAACCCCCUCCAGGGCCACCAAGGUCAAGGACAACUACCUCCACCGACAGCUGCGCCUAAGCGGCGACCCAAUAUCAACACGCGUAUGUCGGAAAUCGAUCGAGCUGUGCUGAAUUUGCAACAGGAAGUGGAGGCGCAGAGAAUCACGGAGCGACGGCCUGGAACAGCAACGCAGUUUAUUGGCGGCAACGUUCUCGUGACUAGUGGAGCCCCUGCACCGCCGAGCAAGGGAGGUUCCUCUGCGAAAAGGGCUGCUGCCAAGUUGUCCUCUGCGAAAAGGAACGCCUUACUAGUGGGGAAGCUUCAACCUCAGGUUGGCGCAUCAUCCUCCUCGUCUGCUAGUGUAGCGUUUGUUGACGAUGGGAGCAAUAUGGAGUUCCAGCGAAUGAUGCAAAAGCAGAGGAACGAGAGCAGCGCUACAGCUGGGACGAAAAUGAAACGGCCUGUGCCGCGUAAGAUUUCGGACGAUUUUGUAGUCGCUGAUGAGGACAUAAGCGACGUGUCCCAGGAAGAAGCAAGGGAGGCGAGAGGACGGCAAGCAAAAAAUUACCGGAAAAACAUUCAACAUCAGUCAGCUGCAGCUUUGUCGAGAAGAAACAGCGAAAAAACUAACGCUGAGCCUGCCAAAAAGGCGAAAAAAAUUGUGCGAAAAUAGUAAGUAUUCGAAUGUCGUGAUAGCAAAAAUCCCACCAGUAGAUUUUUUUUCUUCAUUUCAGAAACAUCAAACGCCUUUCGUCGUUGUUUCAUUCAGAUUUGCAGAAAACUACCACCGAUGAACAAAAAGAUCCGUAAUAUCACACGUAUGCAGUGAAUGAGAGUGACCUGUAAUGUUAGAAGUGUUGCGCAGCAAAGUGCUUGUUCUGUGUGUUGCAGUGUUACGCAGCAAAGUGCUUCUGUGUGCUGCUACAAAGGACUCUCUUUAUCCUGUGACAUGAAGUGUCGACAAGAAAAAGCUCCAAAAGCAAAGCCG